AUGGAUUUAAGCGUAUAUCGAAUUAGUCUUCUAAUGUCGCUUAAACAAUUAACAUUGGCUUUAUUGAAACCAGAUGUACAAAGAUUUAUCAAUUAUCGUAAGUAUGUAGAGUCCGUUAUGCGUGAUGCCCAGCUAAAAAUUGUGCACUGUCAGGAAUUCUACAUGACACGUGAUCAUGCCGAGUUAUUUUAUGCUGAGCAUAAAGGUAAAUUUUUCUACGAUCGACUUGUCAAUCAUAUGAUUUGUGGACCACUUGGAGUGUAUAUUCUAACCGGUAAUGAAGCAAUAUCUGUUUGGCGUUCGUUGCUUGGUCCAACCAAAGUAUAUCAAGCUGUUGUAUCUCAGCCAAAUAGUUUACGUGGUCGUUUUGGUUUAACUGAUACUAGAAAUGGUUUUCAUGGAUCAGAUUCACAAGAAACUGCAAUGAAGGAGAUCAAAUUCUUCUUCCCUGAUUUCAAUUAUGAUGAUAUCCUUAUGAAUGUUUGA